AUCUUAUGGUCCAUAUUGUACAAUACAUCACGUACACGAUUUUUUUGAAGAGAAAUUCGAAAUUACUCACUUUUAUUCAUUUAACAAAGUAGUGUAAGCUUUAGUAAUCGACAGUUUAUGAUCUCAGUUUUAAAACUAUGGCUUUAACUGCGGAGAGGCUUAGAAACGACGAAAGGUUUUCUGGGGAUAACGUUACGCAAUUUCUCCUUUUUUUGCCAUUUGGACUAUGCCUGUUUGUGGUUCGGACAAUUUUGGCUUUAAUCUUAUGGGUGGCUUCGAUAAUAUUGCCGAACAAAUCGACGGUCAGGCAGAUGCUGUCGACCCUCGCCUGCUGGACAUUCGGAGUGUACGUGAAGGUGAAAGGGCAGCGUGACCCUCGCUGCAGCAUGCUUGUAGCCAACUACGCGUCCUGCCUGGACUCGCUGGCCGCGGCCCACGCACUGGGAACCAUCAGUCUACGGAAGUGGAAGGUGCCGCCAUUUUUUGCGUCCACACUGGGCAUCAGGAACGCAGCUCAGUUUGUUAGAAAAGAGCACUUCGGCGAGUGCACGAGCGCGCCGCUGCUGCUGCAGCCGGAGGGCGGGCCGGCCAACGGGCGCGGGCUGCUGCGGUUCGCCGACUGGCCCUUCCCCGUCGCGCAGCGCGUGCAGCCCGUUGCCAUCGAGGUGGAACGAGCGUUCACCCUUGUGACAGUCCACACGGGGCACGGCGCCGGGCUGCCGUGGCGCGACGCGCUGUGGUUCCUGCUGGCGCCCGUCACCGUGUACACGCUCACGCUGCUGCCCGCCGUGCAGGACGUCGCCGACGUGGCCACGGUCAUUGCUGAACACUUGCAGAUAGAAGUAACAGACAUCGAGUACUCUGCACUGUGUCGCGCGCCCCUGCCGACGCGGGCCGGCGGCUCCGGCGGCGCCGGGGAGCUGGCGCGGCGCGCGCAGCAGGUCAAGGAGGUGCUGCCGCGCGUGCCGCUCCGGGACAUCAUGCGGGACCUCGCCAUCACGCGCAGCGUAGACGUGACAGUGACGAACUUCCUGGAGGGCGUGACGCCCUACACGCCGGAGCCGGCGCCGGCCCCGCUGGCCCCGCAGGCCCCGCAGGCCCCCGCCGGCCCCGCCGGCCCGCAGCCCGGCCCCUCGGCCCCGAGAUACGUCACUCCGCCCGCUCAGGCCCCGUUCCCUAAGAGCGCGAAGGAGCGCCAACUCAGCUUCCAAGAGCGGAAAGCGCAGAUGAUCGCCGACGCUCGCCACAGGUAUAUAGAGAAACACGGGCUCAAUCUCACUAUGACCGGCUAACGAUACACAUUAUUUUGAUAUUAUUUCAUACAUAAUUUUAGUUCGAGAGCAUUCUAUCAGUGUGAGACCCUUUUUGGGGAAUGCUAGGAAGCUGAAUUUUGGUUUGAAAUUGUAAUUAUUAAAAAUGAACCAUGGAGUAUUCUCGGAUCAGAAAUCGGCUUCAUGACUUUUCCAGAGUAGGGUACACAAGCGAUACGGUGGAAUGCUCCUAGGUCGAUUGACUUUUUGCUAUAUUUCACUCUGGUAAUAUUUUAGGAGAAUAAUACAAUGCUUGGGAAGCAAUCCAUAGAGUAUGGAAGGUAGAGGUAAGGAAUGCAAUCUCCAUAGGCAGAACUAUUGCAAAAGUGUCCAGCUUUCCAAAUCUCUCCAGAGUAGCGCUAGCUAAGUAUGUAAGCGUUAUUGACGGAGUGAAGUGCGCUGUCUAUGAUUUGUAUUUUUUUUUUCAAAUAUUCUCGGUAUUGUAGCGCCACCUAUUUAAGGUUUUUUGACGGACACUUUUUGGUACAUGGAGAUUGCAUUCCUUAUCUCUACCUUCCAUACCAUAGAGAUUCCGAUACUUCGGAAGCGAGGUGCAAAAAAGUUGAUUGACCCCAUUCACAUUUCGACCGCGGUUACACGUACGUGACUGAGAAUAUUGUUAAGAAAUCACUAUAUUCCUUAGAUGCAAAUAUUUUUUGUGGAACAGCGCAGUUGACUGAUAACAAUUUAAACUUUUCUUUGCUUAGUUCUUAUGUCAACGUUGUGAUAAUUUUUGGCGUUUAUUCUUAUCGGCAAAACACCAAUAUUCGUAAGAUUUAAAUUCCCGAGUAGUAUGGCAUAGCGUUCAUAGGGUUAAUACGUAAAUGCGAAUAAGAAUUUUGACGGAUCGGCGUCUUUUUGAUAAACUUUUUGGUUUAACCUUUUAACCAACCACCAUUGACCGCAAAAAAAAUGUUAUUUGGAAUAUUUGUUUAACUCGUGCCGGUUAAAAGGUUAAAUAAAAACUUGAAUAUCUUUUUUUUUAAGUUUAUUGCUGUCAUCUCUUCCAGUAUAGUGAGCAUUUUCUGCGAUCAUUUUCCACUCCACAGUAAAGUAAAUUUUACUUUAAUUUAUGACUAAGUUCCUUAUACUUUAUUGUAUUCUUCAUUUCCUUGAAAUAUCGUUUCGAUUUGCCUCGCAUGAGAAUUGAAAUAAAAAUAGAUCUAGCUGUUAUAUUCCUACAGUUAAGACCAUUAGCAUGUAUCAAUUAGAGAUGGGCCGAAUGUGGAGUUUGUCGAAUACGAAUAUUCAGCCGAAUGUUCGGUUUAAAUCUUACCGAACCGAACCGUUCGGUUCAUCUGUAACAUCUUAAUAAACCAUUGGAAAACGCUUCAAUUACCUACAUUAGCAGCUAAAGAUUAACCGCUUCUUAGGCCCUAAAAAUGAACGGGUCAAAAGGCUGGGACUCGAAAACAAAUGCUCAACCCCCGCCAAACAAUGAAAACGUGGAUUUUCAUGUGAAAACGUAACCUGGAAGAGAGUAACUUGAAAAGUUCCAGAAGAGCUUACAUUUCAGUGUUGUGCAACCAAACAUAAAAAAAAAUACCGGGCACUUUAACCAAAUUAUUCGGCCGAAUACGUCCAUUGAAAAAGUUAGCCGAAUAUCGAAUAAUGACCGAAAUUCGGCCCAUCCCUAGUAUCAACCUUAAAGUUUUCAUGUUAUUGGGCUUGAAUGUAGGCAAAUAUAUGACUUCCGUCUUUGAAUGAAAGGCAUUAAAUAUUGUUCAGAUUUAUAUUAGAAAUAUCUUAAUCACUCUCUAUUCAAGAGAUUAAAUUGAAAUUAAACUAGGUGACGAACGAUAACGAGUCUGCAUUUUGCGUACAGUAUGCAAAUAGAGACUAUACUUGCUUGAAAUAAGGUGCAUGUUUAAGUUUGUCAAAAUGGAGACUUGUUAUCAACGUGAUUAUACUGUACCUUGAUUUAUAUGAGUUAUAUAAAUAAAUAGGAUGUUUCCUACUGUUUGUCUCAAUCGAUAUCCCUAAUUAUUUCCACUGUCAGACUUUAAACAUUGUGUGGUGUUUGCACAUGGUGCAUGGCUGGCGUAAGUAAAACGCAGGCUACUUGCGCAAGUUGUGCAAGCAACAUGCACAAGUUAAUACUUGUUCUAGCUCGCACUCACAUCUUGCUUUAGUCGUGCAGACCGCACGGGUAGAUCGCGCUUGUAAAUUCUCAUGUCACAACACCCAUCCAUACACCUCUUUUAACUGUUUAUUACACUAUGCUUAGAACCUCUGAGAGUGUCUCAACAUGCGCUAGCUCCAUGCUCUAUGUGCAAGCACAUAACAAAAACGUUUUAUGAAUAAGAAAGUUUUUUUCCCUUUUGACAACCACUGUCCUCUAUCAUUAGAGUUUUUUAGACGUGAGUGGUGGUUAGAAGGGUUGUAAAUUUCGACUGUAAAGUAUUUUCGGCUCAUUAAUUAAUAUUUAAAUAAGAUAUGUCAAAUACAUAAUUCAGCGCUACCUUUUUUCGGCACGCAGACACAUACUCGUCUUUAAUAACUACUCCAAGUAACUAAAAUAACUAUUUUUAUGAGAGAUAAAUGUUAGGUUUAGUAUAACAUGUGCCUAAAAUGCUAAAGUUCACUGGCGUAAUAUCGUCUAGUGAGGAGGCUGUAUAAAUAAGUAGACGUAAGUUAGGUACUUAUAUGUAUUCAAAAUUCUUGACGGUGACGUCAAUGAUAAACUUCCAUUUUGUAAAUAAAUUACGUACUGCAGACUUAAGCCUGUUUAACAAAAUUGAUUUAAGUUCAACGAAAUUGAUUCAAAUUUAACAAAAUUGAUUCAAAUAUGUUGAAGAUCAUAAUCGCGUGUUUAUAUCGCAAUGUUUCCUGGUUUUCACUAUUUUCAAUUGAUAUGUAACAUCUUCAGAAGUUAAUUACUAAAUAUAUCGAUAGCUUGAAACGAACCGUCUUGGGGUUCAAUGUCCUAAUACUAGUACAAAUGACCUUCAAUGUAAUUUUAAUCUUAAUCAAAUAAAAAUAGUUGCUUAUUCGUUCGUUGGUUCGAUUUUAAAAUAAAACAAAUUCAACUUUAUUUUCUAAUACCAAAUUCGAUUGCCAAUUUUCCAUGUAUAAUACUUAGAGGAUAACCUUUUCCAGGCUGCACCAAUCUACAAGAUAUUCCCAAGAAAAUCAAAUAUGUUCCAAUUACACGUCACAUUUCCUGAAAGUGCUAUUAAAUUUGAACCUUAAAUCGGAACGCUAAAGUUAAAAUUCUAUUGGCGCGUAUGUGGUCGAUAAAUCGUACUAUGCCUGGAAAGGGGUUAAACAUUACCAUCGAUAAAAUGAUGAUGCGUUCUAGACUUGAUGAUGAUGAUUAAAUAAUUGACUAAGAGUUCGUGAGUGUAACACAGACCACCUCAACUACUAGACGAAGCACAUAUUAAGACAAUUGAGGUCACCACACAUAAAAGCUCCCUUACAAAUUAUAUGGGAGCGCAACUAAGUAUUUCAGUUGCGCCCACAAUUAAGCACCAGUACUCAUGAGACCAGUACUCAUGUAAAUUAAAAAUAUGUGCUAAAUUUAAGCUUUAGGGGUGUACCUGAUGAUGAUGAGGGCCGAUUUUUGAAUUUCGAUCGCUCGUUUUAAAUUGCAUUUCGCCGUUUUCCACAGAUUAUCGCCUCCCUGGGCUGUUUAUGAAAUAGUGUAGAAUACAACGCAGUUUUACUGGUGGAAUCGAAAAAUGCAUCUGUGUGGUGACCUCGUGCUUUUUGUAAAUAGGUCUUAAUGCGGUGUCUGUAGGGUGUGGUGUAGAACUUAAGAUUGUAUGUAUAUGGUUCUUUAAAAAAAAUUUAUGUAUGACUCCCACUACACGGCCGGAGUCGGAAAAUUCACAUUUAUACGGCCGCAAGCCGAUCGGCUCCGGACGGGUUGACUCCAGCCGGUCGAUGGGAAUCGUACAUAAUACGUUUGACGCGCAUACUCGAACGUGUAGAAAUCAUAAUUAUUGUUAUUCAAGUAUGGAUUUAGAGAUUGUAAUAAAAUAAUUUUGUGAUAGGUAUUAUAUUUUUCUAACCAAAAGACAAUUAACCUCUUGUCUGUUUGUCUUGUUGUUUGUACAUAUAAAGACUGACCGAAUUUUUGGUCAUCUUUUCGCAUUUCUUCGAGAAAGAUUUCUGCUCUAUACAAGACAACCGAGGUUUGAACACAUGAUUUUUGAUCACUAACAUACAUAUGAAAGGUUAAACGUCAAUAGUUAUUUGUGCAACAAGAGAGGAAAGUUGGUUUUUCUUGCGAGUGUUGUGUGUUGUCACGAGAUGUAAAAUAACUUUGCUGUCGUGUGACACAUACAACUAUUCACCUCAGUAGUGAGAACAUGGGUUAAAAAAAUUCAACAUUAAGUAAAGUUAACCACAUUUAUUUACAUUCAUGAAUAAAAGGCAUCAUCAUUAUGACGAAAGCUUGUCUCACUCCCUGGAGUGAGGAAAGUCGCACUUUCGUCACUCCCCGGAGUGACGAAAGUAGGCUUGUUCGAGCUGCUGAGGUGAAAAAUUAUUUUCGUGGUCUUGUUUUUAGUCCCCAAAAAAUCUGAUGGGGUGUAGCUUUUUGUAUGAGAUGAUUUUUUUUUUCUCAUGGUAAAUCUAAUAUACAACUGCAGCUACAGCUUUUUUAUAUUUUUUUGAUAAAAUACGAAUACAAAUGUGACAGAGUGGUCCAAAACAAGACAACGAAAAUAAUUUCAACCUAAAUAUUGAUAAAAAGUGAAAAGAAAACGCAAUGAAGCUACAAAAUAAAAUGAGAGUUAAACUUUCUAAUAAAGACUUCUGUAUAGAUAUUUAAAAACAAUACGCAAAAAUCACUUGCGAAAAAACCGUUAUUUUAAAGACAGUUACAAGACGUGCUCAUAACGUACUUUAGCAUCUCGUAGUGUAGCUAAUAUAGUGUUCAAGUUUAUAACAUGAUGGGAAAUAAAAUAGUUUUGUUCAGGAAA